AUGUCUAAGGGAAAAGCAAACCAAAUUCAUUAUGACAAAUUGAUGGGGAUUUUUACAGGAUAUAAUGAUGUCUACAAUGCUUUGUACAGGCUGAAAACAAAUGACGAAGAAAAAUUAAACGCAAUUUACAAAAAAAUCGAACAAAACCUGAUUGACUCUUAUCGAAUUCCGCCUGGUGAAAUUAUCGAUAAAAUAUCCAAACUUUCAAUUUAUAACAACCGCUACAUGAAGUCAUAUUUAGCGAUUGCCAAACAAAUUGUUGACGAACACCAUCUAAAUCAGGUCAACGAAAUCGGCGACGUUUUUAAUUACCUUUUCUACAAAGAAUACAAUAUAGUAUUGAAUGAAAACGGGAGAAAACGUUUUAACAAUUUUGAAGAUUCUCAUUAUUCAUCUGAUAUUCACGAACAAAAAACAAUUUACAGAUCUAUUAUGGAUGAUGACAAAAUAGCAUUUAUAAAUUUUACAGAAGGAGAAGAAUUUGAUAAAAAUCAAAUAUUAAAAAGUGAUUUAUAUUCAUGUUCAUUUGAUGGUAUUUCAUUACUCGAAUUAUGUUGUUAUCAUGGAUCCAUGGAUCUGUUGAUUGUUUUAAGAUCUUAA